AUGGCACGCGAGGAGCAGCGAUUGCAGGCGUGCCGGCAGUGGUCCAAAGCAGCUCGAGAGGUCCCACGGCGCAAUGCCACGACCUGGUCGCCACCUGGGACUGGGAGGAGGCACGCAGUGGACGCCGAAUUCGAGAUAGGUCUCGUCAAGGUCUUGGUCUUCUUCCUGCUGGAUACUUGGAUGAACACCCUGGUGCUUAUCUACGUGGCUGCAGCCGGGGAGUUUGCAAACGCGCUAUGCCUGCUGCCCUCGCAGCUGCUGGUGAUUUACAUCCAGUCGUACCUGGCGCUUUGUGACUCCGAGCUGGAGAAGCGUCGCUCCUGGAUCAAGGCCUCCGACUGGCGCUGCCUCUCCUUCUGCUACGACGCCCUCAUCGUCAUCGUUUGCGGCGGUGUUUGUGCCUACACGGUGCUGAUCAUCGAGCGCGUCGCCCUGGAAGGUGUGCCAGAGAAAGCCAGCCGCACCCCGAAAGGGGGCCCGUUCCAGAGCGUGGAUUGGAUGUUUAGCAAACGGAGCUUUAUCUGGGGCGACGUCGGUUCAUUCGAUUGCCUGAUACGCUUCAUGACCGGCGCUCCACGCGUAGUUUGCCUCCUGCACAUGCUGCAGUGGAAGCACAUCUCCUUCCGUUUCUGGCUCUUCUUCAGCACACUGACCUUGACCGUUGCGAGCAUGAUCCAAGCGAUCGUCCUUUUCGACUUCAAGGCCUCAGCCUUCAUCCGAAGGGAGUACAACGCCAACUACUGGUGGUUUCGAGUAUACCACUGGAGCAGCCGCCUUCUGGAGCUCAUGCUGCGCGCACCCCUCUUGGUGUGCUUCGCACGGAGCGUGAAGCGAGAGCUGGGACUUCCAGCAGCUGUGGCGGCAUUGCUGCUGGACUAUGCGAUCAGCGCGAUCGCCCUGUCCGUGGUUUCAGGCGCUUCUGUCAAGGCCUUCGUUCUGAGCCUUCCUCUUUAUCUCGUGGACAUCUGCCGGUACGUGGACGAGCCAGGCCUUGUGCUCCCGGCCCGCCAACUCUCGAACUUCAUCGCUGGCCAGCGAGCCCUGCUCUUGGUCGUGACAGCGGGGCUGAUGUUCUUGUGCCGCGAGCGGUGGGAGGCGGACGACCGGGCGCUGGUGACCUGCACCGCCGCGGCACUAGGUUUUCGGCUGCUCCUGCGACGCUCGCCGGCGAGCUUUGCACCCUUAGACCUCCACGAAGCUGCGAAGCAAGGUGAUGUCCAAGCCUUGAGUCAGCUCCUGACCGAAGGCUGCGAUACCUCGCGCCGGCAGUGCACCCGACUGCGGGAGACGCCUCUCCACGUGGCUCUCGCGCACGGCCAGCUCUCGUGCGCGCAGCUACUAGUGGAUGAUGGGGCAGACCCUCACAUUCCUGAUGCCAUGGGCGAGAAUCCACUGCACUACGCCUGCCGCCUUGGCGAUCCCACAAUUGCAAUGCAGCUGCUGCUGCCGUUGCCGGAGGUGGGUGAAGACUACGCCGUGCGAAACGUUGCGCAGCGUAAUGCCGAUGGCAAGAGCCCAGCAGAGGUGCUCCCUGCGUCGGCGCCGAUGGGUCUCCGAGAGCGAUUGAGGGACCUCGAGCGACAGGAGCUUCGGCAAUAUACCAUGAGCCAGUUGAAGCCAUUGGUGAACAGGUGUGACGCAGAGGAGCUGGCCACCCUCUUCGGCUUGGAAUGGGACCGCCACGAGUACUCGAAGAUGCCGGCAGACGUGGAGAAAGGGAGGCACACCGGCCUGGUGUCCUUCCUCUUCUCACGCUCCGUGGGUGACCAGCUGGCACGGGUUCUGGAUGGACUGCGACAGGAGCAGGAUGGAUUCCACAUCAUGUCCCUGAAGCCGGUUCGUGCGUUAGGUGCUGGUGGUUUCGGCUCGGUCAUCAAAGUCGUUGACAAGCGGACGCAGAAGUUCUACGCCAUGAAACUCCAGGCCAAGGACCGAGCCACGAAAUACGCUGUGAGGGAGGCACAGGCGCUGCACGCAUCGGACCACGCCUUCAUCGUGGGCCUGGUCCACAUCUUCCAAACGAGCGCCCAUUACUGCAUCGUGGCUUGGCUCAUCGAGGAAGGAUUCCUCGAUCACCUGCGUGGCAUCGCCGAGCGAGGGCCGCCCGCUCCAAGGCGAGGAGGGCCAUCCACACGGCUCGGGCUGAAUCGCGGAGACCACCAGCUAGACUGGAAGGACUCCGAAGACUACAAUGGCAAAUGGUCAUCCUCCUCUUCUUCCUGGUCAAUGUGGAACUGGGGAAAAGAUGGUUGGAAGGGAAAGCAGCCGGGCAAGUCCAAGGACAAGCACGCCCCAAGAAGCUCCAAGGACGAGCCGAGCUUCCCUACCUUCGAUGCAAUGCCAGUGGCUGGAGCGGACAGGCGAGACCCGGAUGGUCGAGUCGCCAAGAACAAGGCCGCGGCGAACGCCACAGUGGACCUGGUCCAGGGAACUCAGCGUCUGAUCAACCAGCUCCGCAAGGCCGAAGCCAAAGUGCGACGCAACGAAGAGGACCGAGAGUACAUUGCCGAGCAAUGGAAGUUGUUCCAGGUGAAGCUCAAAAAGACGUUCGUCAAGGAGCGGAACAAAUACUUGGAACUUGUCCGCAAAAACAAGGCGGAGCAGGAGGACAACCUCAAGGCCCAGGAGACAGCCCUCAUCGAGCUGCAGGACGUACUCAAUGGUGGUGUGGCGCCCACAGUGACGGCCAAGGAGGAGACCACACAGGAGGACGAGGCAGCCUGGGCAAAGUUGAUUGCCGAGGAGGACAUGGACGACGAUAUGGGAUUGUCGGGCCUGCUGCACGGAGCUCUGGACGGACAAGGCGAACUCCGGAAGGCAGCGAGGCAGAAGAUGCUGCAGGCCAUUGCGGCCAAGCGAGAAGCCCUGCACAGGAGCAAAGACCCGACCACGCCGCCCAGCAGGGGCACACGUGUGGCAGUGAUGUCCCCUCCGGCCACCGACACCACAAGAAGAAGAGGGGACACUGGGCCGGCAGUGCCGAUAGGGCCGACCACGGGGUCACAUGCAAGUGGCCCCCGGCUUGGCAUCAAAACACACCUGCGGGGCCCGGUGAAGACGGUGAAGCCAGGGUCCCUAGCCAAGAAGUUGGCGGAGAAACGGGCAGCGGCCAUGAUGAAGGAGUCCGAGCCGGUCAUCGAUGUGGAGGCCGAGCAGGAGGCAGAGGACGACGAGGACGACUUGGUGGCGACCCUCGGGGCCAUUUGUUUCGCCCGUGAUUUUGAUGACACCGUGCAGCUUCGAGAUGAUGCUGCUGGUUGGACAAUUGGUGCAUCUUCCACAGCCCGGCACGGCCCCUUGGGAGGCCACGACCGAGGCGGCACCAAUACUGCGGGAUGCAGACUAGUCUGCAUGGAGGACCCCCACCUGUCGGACUUCGAGAAUCCAGAGGCCCGAGGGGAAGAGGUCGGGCCCCCUGAGGAUGAUUGGAAUCUACUUGCCAACAUCUUGGAAGCAGGGGACACCAACGCCACGGAGGACAAUAACCAGGCCCCUACCUUGGUGCCAAGGGUUAGAGGAGACACAUGGCCUGUGGAGUGCGAGAGUGCAGUUGAUGUGGGCUGCACUCGGCAUCUGAAGAAGGGCCCCACGUGGGAGAGGCGCCGCAAUCGCCGCUUCUUUGAUAUCCUUGACUGGCUGGAAUGUCUAGUCGACUUUGGGAACCAAUAUUUCGUCGAGAAGGCGGCGAUGAUCACCAUGGUUGCACGCGGGAGUGGCAUGACCUUACUGCUCAUUGGCCUCCUCUCCCAGCUCAUGCUUCUCUGGAGGGUGACGAGAAGUCGCCCCCCUGGAGCAGGCCUCAUCAAAGUUGGAUUAGCAUGGGCUGCCAUUACCACGAUGCCAGGAGUUGCAGCUGUACAGCGACGAGCCAGACCGGGCAUGCCUAUGGGGGUGCCUCGACCGACGGAUUUGGAAACUUGGGCAGCAGGCAUGAUGACCCCCAGAGAGCAGCUUGCUCAGGCGGAGGCCCUUUGGGCAAUGACAAGGCCUCUCGAGCACGGCACUGGCCAAGCCAGACACCCGACCUUCGAGAUCCCGGCGGAGGACCCUGUCUUUGAUUUCACGGAGGUCGACAUUGCCAGUGUCCAUGUUACCUGCUGGGUUGCCACCCCAUACUAUGAGCCGGAGGUUGUGGACCUGGAGCUUCCCUUCCCGUCGACGGUGGCCCGCCUGCAGGAGGCUGUCCGUGACUCCACCAAGCAGCUUCCUGACUAUGCGGAGGAGUACCUUCCUACCGCCCCCCAGGUGGAUAACCAUUUCGCGAGCUUUGUUGCCGUGCCCAAGUGGGUACGUGAGACGGACAAAGUCGUCCAGGUGGUGGACGCCACUGAUAUUGGGGGUGGUGUCUUUGCGGCCUACUUGGAGCGGCCGGUUACCAGGCAGCACGUGCUGACCACAGUUGUGGAAGGAUGGCCAGAGGGGAUGGGAGUUUUCGCCUAUGGUCAUGAACGACCUUGGCGCAACAAUGUUGUUUACAACCCCAUCCAAGGAGGCCUCCUAAAAAUCAUGAGAAGAGGUCACCAACCCCGAUGGGCGGAUGACCUUCAGAUCCGGCUGGGCAACCCGCGCAGGUGGAACCCUCAAGCACCACUUCCUUUCUCAGUGGCAGGACUCCACACGGUCUACCAGUCGGCGGACGACCAGGUACUGGAGGAGAUAGCCUCUGAUGAUGAGCGACCUCUAGAGAUUGCUGCAGAGGAGGCCCUCAGGUAUGAACAUGGUGACGUCUGGAUCGCCACCCCCAACGAAAGGAUAGAGGCCCUCACUCAUCGAGGUCGCCGUGUAUGGGGACAGAUCGCGGUACUCGAUGGUGUCGAACAGCACGGGCCCAACGAGCCAGUGAUCUUUACGGACCUUCGAGGGCUGGGCCUCUUCCCACAAUGGACCCAGCUCGAGGGCAACGCUUUCCGCCCCCUUGAGUACUACGACACCCUGGGCAUGCCUGACCUGGAAGGCUGGGCAGUCAUGGUGCAAGGAGGCGACCCUCAAGACGACGGAGUGACCAUUUUGGUAAAACCGGGCGAGGUCCUUGUCUUCCACCUGGCCAAGGAAGAGAGGGAUGAUGGCGAGGCUGGCAGCAUCGAUGACAAUGAAGAUGAUUCAUCAGACCCGGACCAUGAUGAGUCUUCCGAGGGUGAGGAUGCGUUGCCUGACUCAAGUGACUUGGAGCCCUCGGGCGAGGAUCCCUAUGAUGGACCGCCCCGCGGCCCACCACCUCCUCAACCUGUCAAUCGUCCAAGGAGCCGUUCGCCCAGGAGGAGACACGAUGAGAGCCCCGAAUGUCGCAUGACCAUACAGCUAGCGCCUCACCUGCCGGCCCCUGCGUUUGACUUGGGACUGCUACGAGUGCAGCUGCCGGAGGAGGCUCAAGGUUUGGAGCGACUGAGACGUCCAUGGGAUCCAACGUGGAUGAGCCCACUACCCUCUGGGCCCAAAUACAAGAGCGAGACGGUGGAGGCGAUUGCGGACAUGAGACACUGGAGCGACCUGUUGUCGAAUGGCUACGAUCCGCGAAAGGCGGAAAUCCACAUUUAUUCUGAUGGCUCCUGGACGGAGGACAGCCAACUUGGAGGCUACGCCGUGGCAGUGGUCCUGUUGUGUGCUGGGACAAGAGCACUAAUGGGCGUGUGGGGCGAGAGCACGCAUGGUGGUGCAGACCCUACUUGGUGGGCCGACUCCGCCCUCCACAACGAACAGGUUGCCAUGGCCACAGGACUGAUCUGGAUCCUCCAAAGCCGUGCUUUCAUAGAGGCAGCCCGAUAUGUGCUGCACUACGAUUGUCGAGCGGCAGGAAUGGCGGUUUCUGGAGCCUGGAACCUUGUCAACGAGAUGGGUGAAAGGAGCCGACUGCUCGAGAUGUACCUACAGGAGGUGAUCCCUGCCCCCAUCGAGGCGCUCCACGUAAAGGCCCAGGGUGAUCCCUUCAACGAGCUGGUGGACGUCUUGUCCAAAGAGGUGGAACACCCUCCCGAUCACCCCGUUGGGAUACCUAUGCUGGAGCUACCUCAGAAAGGAGGAGCACUCCCACCUGAAGCUGGAACAGGCUUUGCGCUGAAGGCAGUCUCGUUGAACGCGCAGAGCAUGAAAGGCAAGCACAAGUUCUACGAGACCCAGCUGCUGGAACAACAUUGUCACUUGGCCUUUCUCCAGGAGACCAAGGGCAAAGCGGGGGUCUGCGAAAGCAGGUCUUUCCUGAGGCUCUCCACGGAGGGCCUUUCACACUGGGGUGUGGACAUAUGGAUCAACAAACGGCUUGGCCUCUGCACCUAUGAGGGGCGACCGCUGAUUGUGACAGAGGAUGAUAUAGAGGUGAUCUUCGAGUCCCCUCGCCUCCUUAUCCUCUCCGUCGAUGUAGGGGGCCGCACAUUUGUCCUCGUUUCGGGCCACGCCCCUCACUCUGCACGCAUGGACGAGGCAAAGGUCUUCUUUGAGGACCUUCGACAGAGCAUCAAGCUUCUGGCAAAGGCCAGUCUCAUUGUUAUGGGCCUGGAUAUAAACGGCCGCAUCCCGCUUGAGGUGCCGGGGAUCACUGGUAGCCGGAGAUGUGGCGAACCUGAUGGAAUCGGUGGAAUGAUGUUGUCAGUGGCCCGAAGCUGCCAUCUGUGGUUCCCAUCCACAUAUGAUGAACUGCAUCAAGGACCCGACGCCACAUUUCACCAGCCUGGCGGUGAGGAUAAGAUGGGACACCGCAUCGAUUACCUGGUCCUUGGUGGGGUGGCUGUGCUGACGGAGGUGGCCAGUCAAGUGCUGGACUCCUUCGACACCUUAGCGCCCAGUGUAGACCAUGAGGCCGUGAUGGUGGAUUUCAGUGGUGUGCUGGAUGGCCCACCACAAAGGUCCCAAGUUUGGAAGCCCAAGUAUGAUGUCGAGAAGAUUCUGACAGAUGAAGGCCGGAAAGCUGUCGAAGAGGCCGUUCCCCCCCGGUGGGAGGUGCACCCCACUGACCACUACGAGCACUUCCGAAAGUACGUGCAUGGCAUCCUCCAUGACAAGUUUGCGCUGAAUGCUGAGGACAAGAGAGCCGAUUACAUCUCGGAGGGGGUAUGGUGCUUACGUCAGGCCAAACUUGGCUUCAAGAGGAGCACCCGACAUCGAAGGGGCAUUUGGCAGGACUUGGCAGACCGAGCCUUCCUGCAGUGGGCUACCGGGGUGGACCACGCGGUUUGCUACCUGAUUGAGAAGCAUGCGCUACUUUAUGAACUGGUGGCCGCGGCGAUUCAAUUUGCUACGUCCCGCAUCAAGAACGGCAUCCGCAAGGACAAGGCCAACUACCUUCGCAACCUUGCGGUGACAGCUGGCACGGCCUUCAAGGAUGUCGUCGGCGCGGCCAAGAAAGCGGGACUGGGUGGACGCACAGCAAGGACACCGUGGCGGCCUAUGCCUGCCCUCAAGGACUCCACAGGCGCCACGGGUGCCAAAAAAGACAAGGUGUGGAUGGAACACUUUGGGCGGCAGGAGUGUGGCCAAACCGUCCCCACCAAGGAGCUUCUGGAGGGAGGAGUGCUCCAAGAAUGCUGGAAGCGCUCAGGCCCGAAAGAGAGUGUUGAGAACUAUAGGUCGCUGUACAUAUCUUCCCUCCCGGCCAAGUGUGUGCACCGCCUGCUCCGCGACCGAGCUGGACAAUGCAUUGAUGAGGGGCUGCACAGCUUCCAUAUGGGGGCCCGCAGACAAGCUCCAGUACUGCUACCCGCCAUGUACAUCCAGGCCUUCCUCAGAUGGACCAAGCGAGUCAACUACAGCGUCGCCAUCCUCUUUGUUGACUUCCAGAGUGCCUACUAUAAGGUUGUUAGAGAAUUGGCGGUUGGGGACAUUGCCAUUGAGAGCGAUGAAGCGGUAGCCAAAAUUUUCAAGACUUUCGGCUUACCGUCGGAAGAUGUUGCUGACCUCUACCACACCAUCAAACGUGGAGGUAUGCUGGCUGAGGCUGGGCUCCCACCAGCCCUACGACAUCAGGCCAAGGACAUGCUCCAUCGAUCAUGGUUUAUCACGCGGCAUGGAGGCUGUGACGAGGUCAAUGUCACAAGUGCUGGAUCCCGCCCAGGAUCCAGCUGGGCGGACAUCAUCUAUGCCUUUGUGUUGGGCCGCCUACUCACCACACUCCGUGAACAUGCAGCUGCUGAGGAUCUCCUUACGACCCUCUCGGUCAACAUCGAAAACGGCCCCUGGGGGGACCCCAGGAUGGCAUGGAUGUAG